UUUUCUCUCUCUCUGCGGGGCAAAAUCCUGGAGGAAUAUUUUGGGAAGCCCUCUUGAAGAAAGGGGUGCGGAGGCUCUUGCCCUUUCUAAGCUCCUGGUUCAGAUUUUUCUCUGCGUUUUCCUUUCUUGGAAGCGAGUUCUGCUAGGAAGGGGGUGUCUUUCCUCACCCGGUGGGAAGAAACAAACAUUUCUCUCUUCGGUUGUAAUAUCCGAAUUCAAGAUCCCGACUCAAGCAGUGACCCUCGGAGAUGCCAGGGAUGGUCAGCAAAAAUUCCGAUCUCGAAUUCGACUCUUUGCAGCCCUGCUUCUACCCGGACGAAGAUGAUUUUUAUUUAUGCGGUCCCGACUCUGCUCCUCCGGGGGAGGAUAUCUGGAAAAAGUUUGAGCUGCUGCCGACGCCCCCUCUGUCUCCCAGCCCGGCGGGUCUGCAGGAGAACCCCCCGGGAGGAGCCCCCGUGACUUGGGGGGCGACGGCACUAGGGGGAUACCGAACCAGCGACCCUCUGGACUGGGCAUCCGAGUUGCUGCUGCUGCCGCCCGAAGCUGACCUUUGGGGCAGUGGCGAUGGAGGAGACUCCUUCGAGAUGGGUUUGGGAGAAAGCAGCAACCUCAACGCCAUUAUUAUUCAGGACUGUAUGUGGAGUGGCUUCGGGACCAGUGAUAAGCUGGAAAGGGCAGUCCCCGAGAAAGCACAGACUAAAGGAGGAACAGCUGGAGCGCCUGCCCCAGCUGGCUCUGCCAUCCCCCCAGCUGCUCUCCCCUCCAAAACCAGCCCUGGGAACAAUAGCGGCAGCCAAGCAGAGCUCAACAAUUCAGUGUCAGAGUGUGUGGAUCCAGCCGUGGUUUUCCCUUUCCCCGUUAAGAAGCGAGAUCUCCCAGCCCCGGUCUCCUUGGGAGGAGGAGGAGGAGUGGCAGGCGCCCGGGUGAGCGUGAACUGCAGCAGUGGCCUUGCUCAAGGGGUGACCGUCCCUGCACCCCGAAGCAGCCACCACCCAAGUGUAACUAAUGAUAGCCGGGCCAACAACAGUUCGGGAGACGACACACUCAGUGAUUCUGGUAAAUAA